AUGGCGAAGAGGGGUUGCGUAACCCAAAGCAUAAAAGGCGAAGUGAAAGGCUCAGUCGCCGAGGAUCGACACCGCGAGCCUGUACUUCAUGUCGUCGUCGCAAAAUCAAAUGUGAUGUCGGAGAAAGCAGCAAUACCCUCGCCCGACUACAAAAGCACACUUGAAAGACUUUUUCCGGACACUGCCCCGGAGAACAUCGCCCAUUUUUCAAGGGAUAAGUUGUUAGAUUUGGUGACCACAGGCGGAUCCCAAUAUUCCCAGCACAGAGAUCCAUCGAUUGUUGCCGCGUCUCUAGACACCCACAACUCUGGGUUGUCCGGAGAGAUGCCUGGUCUGGAGUCACUACAUUCGAUACCAGGAGAGCAACUCGAUGAAGCUCGGAGUGCUAGUGCCUCGGAGUCAGUCGGACAUAUCUCAGAUGAUGUCAACGCAUUAUCCCUAUCCACUCGACACCCAACAUCCUACCUCGGUGUUUCAUCUAUUCAGGCUGCACUGAAGGUCAUUGCGUGGCUCCAUCCAGCAGUUAAUUCAUACUUCGCCCACUCCUUGUCUAAAGACCAAGCAUCCCAGCCAACCAACUCGUUCCCCCAGUCGCAAGAUCCACCUCAGUCUAACGCCCCACCCACGGAACUUGAAAUGAUAGAUGGGUACUUUAUUAACUUCCAACCAUUCGCACCACUCAUAGACGAAGAAUCUUUUCGCACGACUCACUUAGUUGGCCGUCGGAAGGAUAGUCGAUGGCUUGCACUACUCAACAUAGUUCUCGCGUUGGGCAAUAUUGCAGGCGCCGGCCCAGAUAACCAUACCCACCGUGUUUAUUUUGACCGCGCAAUGGAUCACUUAAAUCUACGUUCGCUCGGGGAUCCUUGCCUUGAAGUUGUUCAGGCUUUCGGACUCAUGGGUGGCUGGUACUGUCAUUAUACUAGCCAGCCGAACCUUGCAUACUCCCUUAUGGGUGCGUCGCUGCGGAUGGCAGUUACUUUAGGCUUGCAGCGGGAGCCGUCUGAUAUUCAUUCGAUACUCGACCAUAAGAAGUCCGCAAACCAAGAAUUUAAACGUCGAGUUUGGUGGUCCCUUUGCUGUUUGGAGACCUGGGGACACGAAACGCUUGGCCGGCCAAGCAUGGAUUACUUUGGCCCGAGCAUCACAGUUAACUUGCCUAGUCGGCUUGACAAGGAAUCUUAUUUCGAUGUCCUCCCCUUGACAGAGAAUAUCCAGUUCGUGAAGAUUGCCCUAAAAAUGCAAGAAUCACUAGCUGCGCUGCCAACCCUAUCCCCCAAGGAGAUGUUCGAUCUGGACUCGCAGCUUGUUCGGUGGUGGAGCGACCUACCGCCAGUCCUCAAGGAUUACGAACCUUGUCCCGAAUCACUACAUGCAGUGCGUACUGUGAUGCGUUGGCGAUACUACAAUCAUCGAAUGCUACUUUAUCGCCCAACUCUUCUGAACUAUGCCAUGCGAAGAAUUCCCUUCAUGGCCAUUCGGGUUGAGGAACGCACUGCUAUUCAGAAAUGCCAGGAAAUCGCAAAGAUUUCCAUCGAUGACAUCUCCUCGACAAUCAAACUCAAUCAGAUGAUCGGCUGGAACGCUGUUUGGAUGUUAUUCCAGGCCACCAUGGUUCCCUUGAUUUGUUUGUCCGCUGGUGUCGCAGAUGACGAUUCCGAUGCUUGUAAGACGCAGGUUGAGACAGCUAUGUUGACUCUUGGUCGCAUGAAGCCUUACGGACACACCUCAGGACGCUCACUUGAGGUUAUCUCGGCCAUUCUCGAGUCUAACCUUCAUCGUCCCACUGCAGAGCCGCUUGAUCCAACUGGAGAGAGCCUCGACCCCCAAAAUUUCCUUCCUCCAAAUACUUUCAAUACAGGCCAACAGCUCGCCCGUGAUCGCGUCUCCGAUUGGACUGCUACUUCCUUUGAAACCCUUUCAUCUCAGUACAUGUGGGAGUAUUUGAGCUGGGAUCAUAGCAAUCUUUGGCCGGAGGUUUUUGACCUUAAUGCUCAGAACGAAAAUGUGGAAAUGUCUUUUUUGAACUCGCCUGGAGGAAACACGUGA